AAAAAAACCAUUCCUUUCACUUUUCCAUUUGCGCAGUUAUGAGAAAGGAUCUGUACCAAUUUGAUCAUUCAGCAUUAUUCUAAACCCUAAUUUCAUGCGAUGGCUUUAGCAAGAUCAAGAAACAUCAGAUAUCUCUAUCACUCUCUUCAAACUCGUGAAAUUUCAUCUCUGUUUGGAAGCUCAAAAAACUACUACUUUAAUCCUGAUGAGAAAGUUGUAGGGUUUCAGAAUCAGAGAUUCUCCAUUAUCUCAUCAUGCAAGGAUUAUGGGAGUUUUCCUUUGGUGAAAUCAAGUGCAGGGUCACUGAAUUCCACAAUGGCUGCUGAUUAUCUGUCUACACUCAUGAAUGGAAAUAGGCUGAUGAGCACACAAGUGAAAGCACCUCCUCAAGCACGACAAAUGGGGGCUAUGCAAAUAUCCAUGACGAGCCCAGGAUUUGUCUAUGAACCAUAUGAACCUCGUACAAAGAUUCCAUUUUGGCGAAGAUGGUUUACCAGAGAUGGUUGGAGAAGAACAAAAGAUGAUAUCAAAAUUGAGAUGAGGAGUGCUUAUGCAAUUGCCAAGUUGAGGAAAUCUGGAUAUUCUAAGAAGGAAUUCUACCAGGAGGCUGUACAGCUUUACAAGGAGAUAAACACUCUAAUGGCAAAUGGCGAUAAAACACCUUUACGGAAAGCAGUUACAGAGAAGAUGUAUUCUGCCCUGAAGAAUGAGAUCAAGACCAGGCAAUCCAUGUGGAGCAGUGUUUAUUGGGAGCUGGUUGAGCCAGUCGUUAAAAUACGUACCCUGAGAGCUAGACUGAUUGCAAUUGACAGAAAUGAUCUUAACAAAGUGUUCGUACAGCUUACACUCGAAUUCCUUGCUAAGCAUAAGUUUGAGGCAUGUGAUUCAAAAGGUGCAGUUGUUGCUGGUGAUAAAUCGAAAGAGGUACUAGUACGUGAUAUAUGGGUAUUCGAGAAGUCUAUGUUUCAUCAAGGAGCAUAUUGGCGCCUAUGUGGACGGAUCAAACCAUAGCCUCAAUGCUUUCAGUUGUGGCCCAGAUUGGUAUAAAUUUAAGCAGAUCAAUACAACUGGUGCAAGUCUUUGCUUUAUUUUAUUAUCAAUGCUCAAUUCAUUUAGCACUCUGAAUAAUCCAUGUUAGGAACAUUACUUGAGACUGUUUCUAUUUUGAAAGGGUAGCCUAUAUAACAACAUUGCACAUGCGAUUAAGUGUAGCCUACAACAGAAAUUUCUUUUUUUCCCUUUUUCUUUGGGUGUUAGGAACAUUACUCAACACUGUUUCAAUUUUGAAAUAGUAGCCUAUAUAACAACGUUGAACAUGCGAUUAAGUGUAGCAUACAACAGAAAUUUCUUUUUUCCUUUCUUCUUUUGCGGGAUAAUUGUA